AUGUUUCUCUCCAAUCCUCUCCUUUCAUCUCACCUCGUUUCCUCUCCCCUGCUCCCCUUACCUCUCCCCUUACCUCUCCCCUCCCCUCCCCUCCGCUCUGCUUCCCCUUCCCUCUCCUCCCCUCCUCUUUCCUCGUUUCCUCUCCCCUACUCCCCUUACCUCUCCCCUUACCUCUCCCCUCCCCUCCCCUCCGCUCCGCUUCCCCUUCCCUCUCCUCCCCUCCUCUUUCCUCGUUUCCUCUCCCCUACUCCCCUUACCUCUCCCCUUACCUCUCCCCUCCCCUCCCCUCCGCUCCGCUUCCCCUUCCCUCUCCUCCCCUCCUCUUUCCUCGUUUCCUCUCCCCUAUUCCCCUUACCUCUCCCCUUACCCCUCCCCUCCCCUCCCUCCGCUCCGCUUCCCCUUCCCUCUCCUCCCCUCCUCUUUCCUCGUUUCCUCUCCCCUACUCCCCUUACCUCUCCCCUUACCCCUCCCCUCCCCUCCCCUCCGCUCCGCUUCCCCUUCUCUCUCCUCCCCUCCUCUUUCCUCGUUUCCUCUCCCCUACUCCCUUACCUCUCCCCUUACCUCUCCCCUCCCCUCCCCUCCGCUCCGCUUCCCCUUCCCUCUCCUCCCCUCCUCUUUCCUCGUUUCCUCUCCCCUCUGCACCCCCUCCUCCCUCUCGCAUAUUA